GUCCCAGGUCCCUGCAGCUGCUCCUGGAGCUCGGGGAGGCCAGGGAGGCGUCCCAGAAACACCAGGAGGGGGUCCGUGAGCUGCGGGGUUUGUUGGAGGACGAGCGGUUAGCCAGUGCUCACCAGCAGAGACGUUCACCCGUCAGAUCCAGAGACUGCAGGCCCAGCUGCGUGCGGUGCAGGAGGAGGUGCUGAGCCUGCAGGAGGAGAAGGAGAGCGAGCUGUGGGAGGCGCAGCAGGAGCUGCGGGAGGUGCAGGAGGAGGUGCUGGAGCUGCAGCAGGCGGCCGAGGAGGCGGCAGGCGAGCGGGAGAACGACAUCGCGCUCCUGCAGGAGGAGCUGUGCCGGGUGCGUGCUGAGCUGCAGCGUCUGCGCUCCACCACACAGGAGUACGAGCUGGAGCUCACCUCCCUGCGCGCCGAGAUCGCCAUGAAGAGCCCGGGCCGCGCCCAGGAGCAGGAGGGUGACGUGGGUGUGCUGGAGGGGGAGUGUGGUGUUCUGCGGGAGGAGUGCCAGGCCCUGAAGGAGGGGAACAGGAAGCUGUCAGAGCGACUGCAGCAGCUGCAGCUGCAGAGGGCGGGCUCAGGUGAAGCGUACCUGGCGGUGACGGAGGACAAAAUGGCGGAGAGCGAGGACGUGGGGGGCGGAGCUACGGAGACGGACAGCUACAUCAGCGUGGCCACGCCCAGGCCCGGCGGCCGCCAGGUGGACGCCUCCAUCCAGAAGAACCUCUCACUGGAGGGCCGGCCGGGCCAGAUCUCCGCCCUGAGAGAGCAGCUGAGUCAGGCGGAGGCCCGGGCCCUGCAGGUCCAGAGCGCGUGUGAGGGGCUGAAGGUGGAGCUGGGGCAGAUGCAGUGUCUGUAUGACACCAGCCGGGGUGAGCGGGCGCAGCUGGAGAGGGAGCUGCAGCACUGCAGGGAGGAGCUGGAUCAGCUGAUGGGGGGGAAGGCCCAGGUCAGUAAAGGAGACUGGAACCCUGUGCUGGUUGUUGCCGUGGCAGCAGCCAUUGUGCUGAUUGUCCCCACUCUGUCCCGAGCUCUGUCCUGAGUGCGCCCGAACAGUGACAUCACCCCCCCGCUCCAAUGGCCCUGACCCCUCCCUGCCUCUGUAGCACAGCCCGCCCACCACUCCAUAGAGGAGACCCUCAUCGAACAUCCCACAGGAAGUGGAACGCAGGAAGCAGGAACUAGCGAUGGUACACCAGGCUCUUGUUCACGUGGUUCAACAAGGAGGUAACCUGAAGCAUUCUGGGUAAAAAACCCCAAAAACAAAUAAAGACAAAAGUCUGUGUGAUCAGAGCUUGGCUUGGCCUGAAGUUGGAUUGGGACAGUGACUGCCUGCAGUCUGCAGAACCAGUCUGUUCUGUUCUGUUCUGCAUCGGCACACGGAAUUCUCCACCUGUUGCCCAUGGCGACGACAGCGGAACUUUGUAGUUACCAUGAGGGUUCUGGCUCCCAUGGCGACGGGGUAGUCUGACAGUGGGGUCUGCCUGGCUGUGUUUGACACAUGACGCACAGCUGGGCUCUGUACAUUUAUUUAUUCCUUUACUGAGUGCUUACGCAGCGUCAUGCAGAAGGCUGACGGUGUUUCUGAUGCAGCAGGAUGGAGCUUCAGACAGAUCUGUGUGGCGUUCAGGGCACAAACGCAGGGCUUUCUGAGAACGAAUCACUCGCUUCAGUUUUACUCUUGGCAUCACAGAGCAUGUUUCUUUUCUUUUCUGUGUCGUGUGAAGUUUGUUUUACGAACAGACUGACUCCAGCUGCAGGUAUCUGAACCUGACCUUUACUCUCCGUCCUCGAGCAUGCUCUGUUCAGUCACAGAAAGGUGCACGUGUCGGUCAAAUCGCCUGAGACCCUCACGUGUGUCUGCACACUGACACUCCCCGUGCGCUGGGCAUGUCUUCUCACUACAGACCCGCACGCAUGAAAUUCCUGAUUAUUGUCGUCAUUAUGAAAUCGUGAAAUAAAUCCUUGUGACUGCAGUUUGAUUCUGUGGGGCCCACAUUCCAGCCUGAUGAUGUCAGAGAGAAGGGUGCCGUCCCUGCCAGCCUCUCUGUGAUGAUAACGGUUUUCAUUAUUUUUCUCAAAAUGAAAAGCUCAAUAUGGGAUUGUUCUCUGUACACCUACAGUAGUAGCAAACUUUAGAAUCCUCUAUUUUUGUAAAUUGAGAUCCUCGUGUACUCUUGGUGUAAUUUUAACCAGCAAACAAUUGCAGGUGUUUUGCUUCUUCUCCAGAGAAACUUUGCAGUGGUGGUUUGAUGCUUCAUUGUGGUCUGCGAAAAUCUCAAAUCAAUUAGGAAUUAAGCUGAAUUGUAAAUAGUCUGGAAUCUUGGCCUGAGUUUGGGAACAAAUCUUCCAAAUGAAGUGACUGCAAUUAUUUAUUAUACAAUGAAUUUAUUAUCUUUUUAUUUCUAUUUUUAAACAUAUCACGAAUAUAUGACACUCUCGACUCAAUAUAUUUCCUUCUUAUUAUUAUUGUUAUUAACAUACUAGCCAGUGAAGAUAUGUCUGAGCAGCGAUCUUCCUUCCUGGCCCUGGAGAGAGCCGCAGUGUUUGCUGGCUUUCAGCUUAAUAUCUGCAACCAGUUUAGAUCCAAGAAACCAGGUCAGGAGAGUUAACUGUGUAAUGAACUGCUUUAAUUCAUCAAUUAAGUGCUGAGGAACAACGAAAGCCAGCACGCCCUGCGGCUCUCCAGGACCAGGAAGUGAAGGCCAUUGGCCUAGAGCAGGGGUGUCAUACUCCAGUCCUGGAGGGCCGCAGUGCCUGCUGGGAUUUGUAGUUUCCUUUCAAUCAGCAGCCAGUUAAGACCUUGAGAACCACGUGUGUGGACUCUUUAGCCAAUAAAAGACUUUGAAAUGUAUCUCUCGUGCUGAAAUACACCAAAAACCAGCAGACACUGCGGCCCUCCGGGACUGGAGUUUGACACCUCUGGCCUAGAGUAACACACGAAGUAGCAUCAUGAUACAUUGAAAAAUGCCUUUUACCAAAUUUUUGGAAGGAAUAUGAAAUAUAAACAUGAGGCUGGAAACAUGUUUGUAAAUGUGUAGCUCUGUCAGGGAGAAUAUGGCUGAGUGAUCAGACCACAUUUCUCCAGGGGCAUUCGACGCAGGAGUAAAUCCCAGCUCAAACAGGCAAUAACUCCACCUCUGACUAUAGGAGUUGUGAUAAAUGUUUAUUUUUGUACCCUCACGUUAACCUCUAAAACCCCAAAUCUAAUGAUGGUGAUGCUGUGUGAAGGUGUGGCUAGGCUGCCCCUAAAUGGACUGGCGUAUGUAUGUUUGUAAAAAUAGUGCAUGCAUAUUGAGGUUCUGGCGACUUGCCAUUUCAUUCAUGAGCAUUGCUGUUUUUCUCCACAGAAAUAAAAAAGAUUUUCUUUCAUUGGCCAAUUGGAGAGGAUUGAUUUGGAGAUUUAAGAAAUUCACAAGUGUAAUGUACUGUAUACGUGUUUAUUGGUCCGCGAUUUCAAGUUGUGAUUUUAUUUUUUUUACCUGCGUGUCUGUUCCUCUGUAGUCAUGUUUCAGGUUAGUGUGAUGUCGGUGAUCUCUUGCAGUGAAGUGCUGUUAUCUUGGCAUGUUUUUCAGAUUCUCAUCGAGCCCUGAUUGACUGAUCUGUAACUGCUGUACUGCACAGUUAUUUUUCUUGAAUAUUAGUAUGCAUUGCAUGUGAUCAGACCGAGUCAUGAUAAGUUUUCAGAAAAACAAAAAAACAAACCCACCUGUGAGUGGAUGUAGCCGAUAGAGAUGCUAGUGCUUUAUUAAACCACGUCACAGUCCUGCGUACGCUGCUCGGUCCGUGUGUGUGUCUCUGUGCGGACAGUAGAGCUGAAUAUCGCCUGUAAUCCUCUGCAGAUUGGAGAGGAUCCACUGUGGUUCUCGUGUCUUCUGGAACAUGUGAAUAAAAUGUCAAAUAUGUGCUACUGAUAA